GGCCUUCCUCUCCCAGGUCAGGUAGGGGCGGGAGGCCGGCUCUUCUAGAGCAUAUAAGAAUGAAACAGGAUCAAGAGCCACCUCCUCAGGAACCCCAAGUGGUAGUACUGGGGGGAGCAGGCAGCGGUCCCUGGGCUCAGUGCAGGCUGUUGUGAGGCUGUGCCGGGACCCCUUCCUCUUCUCUCCCCAGGGUGGGCCUGUAGAGAUGAGCUUCAGUGGUACCACAGUCUUUCCUGGGGGAGAAUUAGUUAUGUGCUGAGGCCAUGGACCCUCUGCCCGGUGGCCUGGCACCUAGGAAAUCCCUCACAGCAGAGGCAGGAACUGUGGCCGGGUGGGUUUCUAAGAUCCAUUCUGGAAAGUCUUCCUCCCCACUUUGGGCCCAGGGAACUAGACCCCCAGUCAAACUUACUCAAAGGGUCUCAGAUGUAAGUUGUUCACUACUAUUCAGUGUACGGCGCGUUCGCACCGGCCCAUGCAAGGGCCCUCAAUUUGUCAUUUGUCCCCACUUUCCUUCUUAUCCCUUUGCCCUUCAGCCCUGCUGCCUGCACCCUGUCCCCUCUCCAGCCCUUGUCAUGGGCCAGCACCCUAGUAUUUUUGCCACCUUGUAAAAUGGGUUUUGUACACCUGUGUUUUUUAGUUGCCAUAAACGACAUGCUCUAAUUUAAAAAAAAAAAAAAAAUCUUUGCAGAAAGUUAGGAAUUGAGUUUCGUUAUAAUUGAAAGCUACAGACCUCACAGAGACACAGUUUGAGGGAAUAAGGGCCCAGGGAGAUGGCCUCACCUGCAGUGCUCAGGGCCACUGCUCGGAACCCCUGGGGGAUCUACCCAUCAAAGACGGGACUGCAGCUGUCUCAUCCUAGGCCAGUGUUUUUCCACAUUUAAAAAUUCACGGCCCAUUAAAAACAAUGAAAAUUCCAUGCCCUUUUUGUAUUUUGUGAUGCAAAGAUCAUAGGUUCUUUUUCAUUUUCCAAAUAUAAAAUUAUGAUAUCAACCAUGCAUCUUCUUAGUACAAAGCCCUCUCUCCCCCAGUUGAGAAUUGCUGUCCAAGACCCUGAAAACCCACAGGUUACUACUCGAGGGCAGCAUCUGAGUUCCUGGGGCCCCAGAGACUCUGCCCUUUCUGUCCUUCAGCUCUGGUCACCUGGCCACAGAGAGGUGGGCAGACACAUAAUGCUGCUCCGGGGAACAAAGAGGGACUUCUUAGGCACAUAAUUAGUUUCGAGCCUCCAAGGGUCCUGUCUGCAGAAUGAAUAAUCAAUAAAACAGUGGCUCCAGGGAGCCGGAUUUUAGCUGGGGAAAUAGGAACAGGCUGUUUAACCAACAACAAACAGGCCUGCUCUACACAGACACACACACACCCCCACACAGUCAGACAGCCUGUCUUACCCUUCCCCUCCAGACCUGUGUGCGUGCGCGCGCGCGCGCGCGCGCGCACGCGCACACACACACACACACACACACACACACACACACUCCAGCUCGGGAGCUCUGCCGGCAGCCCCGUUAGAACAACGUCCCAGUGACUGACACACCCCUCCAUAAACCCCAGAUCUCUGUGCCCAUCAGCCCCUCUCCUCCUUCCCUUUUCCCUGAGGAGUGCACUGCCUCUUUAAAACCCAACUCGGAGGGCUGUGCUCAGUGGCCCACAAAAGGUUCGGAUUGUGGCUAUUCAGUGGCCUUUCCCCAGGGAAGGGAGGGGAGAUGAGACAGAUGGGAGGCUUGUCCUGCUGCGGCCACCAAGCGAAACCCUCAGAUGGCCAGUAAUGAGCCAGCACUGUUCCCACCCAGCCUGCUGCUGAAUGGCCUUCCUCUAUCCCUGCACAGCCCCGUGGGGGCUCUGUGGGCUCGUCCAUGGGGGCACCUCCCUCAAUUCUCUGGUCCCCUUUCAUGCUUCCAGGCUGGUGCCCCCUCCUGGCUCCCCAUCAAUCACCCUGUCUUUUCCCAGGCCCUCUGCCUUCUCCUGUCACAGCUGUUGUUCCCAUGCCUUUGCUCUCUCCUUGUUUCCCCAUGGGUAUGUUUUGUCCUCCAGCUUGACCGUGAGCUCUUCGAGUGCUAAGAGCAUGUCUUUGCUUUCCCUGUGACUGGUGCCCAGAGCAGAGCUCUGCACACACAGGAUGCUCACUGGACGCUUAGCAAAGUAAUUAUUUGCUGCCACUCCUACCAGCCCUGGACACACCCACUCGUCCCACCUGUGUGUCUCUCCCCUCUACAAUAACCCUGUGUUCUCCACCCCAGAGGGCUUGCCUGGGCCCCUGCUCUCCAUUUCCCUGUGCAGUUUCGACCCCCAGAUCCCUCUUUAAAACUUCACUGGCUUUUCGUCAGCACCUCCCUGUCUCUGCCUACCUGCUGGGCAGCCCUGCUGGAGGGUGGGGACUGGCCGGAUCCAGAGGAAGGAGGCCCAUCUCUGUCCUUAGAGAAGUAGGAUGCCCCCUCACUGGGUAAUGGCUCCUGUGCAAAGACACGUGCUGGGGAAGGUGCUGAGGAAAAGUGAAGGUCCGGCUGGGAAAGCACUCGAAGGGUGUGGAUUUGACACUGUUGCUUAGGAGAACCCUGGGGCUUGGUCAGAGGAGCCCUGUCUUCUCUCCUUCCAACCCCCAGAGACCCAGGAUUUAGCACCCAAGGGGUCAUAGGCCAAAGUGAAGUUCACAUCUGAGACUCUUAAACACUUUGGGAUCUCUCAUGUUGAAUGGGAUGAACAAGGCUAGCUGCUUUUUCUGGGAGAUUGGUCUCACCUAGGAAGUGUUCUGAGACCCCAGAAAGGAUCUAGCACUGGAGCGUCUUUUCCUCUUGGACCCUCCCCAUCAAACAGAUGCAUCAGUUAAGGCCAGAGCAAAAUCUCGAGUUGUUUACAGUUGCAGGGCUGGUCGGGAACAGAGCUAGGAUUAGCACUGGGCUGCCUGCCCUGCCUUCUCUCCUCGAGCAACCCAGGUUUGCCGGGUGCACGCUGUCCACCCCCACUCCUGGUGGGCUGACCUGAGCCUUGCUGGGUGCCGUGGUCCCAGUGGUGACACUGAGUAGAAGGGGCUAGUCUGAAUAGCUCCCCACUUCCCUCUGUUCCUCGACAUUCCUGUCACAUCUCCUGUCUCUCCUUCUGGUGUUCGGUUGACCUGUUCUCUGCUUCUCCUCCUUCUGGCCGCGUGAGGACCCCUCCUCUGGACAGGAGCUCGCUUCUGGGUUACCGCCUGCUGCGCCUGCUUGCAGCCGCCAACUAGGCUGAGCACGCCGGGGUCCGCACCUACUUCUUCAGUGCCGAGAGCCCCGAGGAGCAGGAGGCCUGGAUCCAGGCCAUGGGGGAGGCUGCCCGAGUACAGAUCCCCCCAGCCCAGAAGUCAGCGCCCCAAGCUGCACGUCACAACCACGAGAAGCCAGACUCUGAGAACAUCCCACCCAGCAAACACCACCACCAACCCCCCCAAAACAGCCUUCCCAAGCCUGAACCAGAGGCCAAGACCCGAGGAGAGGGUGAUGGCCGAGGCUGCGAGAAGGUGGAGAGGAGGCCUGAGAGGCCUGACGUCAAGAGCGAGCCUCUGGUGAAAGCCAAUGGUGUCCACGCUGGACCAGAACCAGCCUCAGACCCGGGCAGCCCUUACCCUGAGGGCCCAAGGGUCCCAGGAGGUGGGGAGCGGCCCACCCAGCCCAACGGCUGGCAGUAUAGCUCCCCAAGCCGGCCGGGGAGCACAGCUUUCCCACCUCAGGACUCAGAAAGUGGGGGGCAACGGCGGAGCUUCCCCCCACGUGCCAACCCCGACAAAAUCGCCCAGCGCAAGAGCUCCAUGAACCAGCUUCAGCAGUGGGUGAACCUGCGCCGAGGGGUGCCCCCUCCUGAAGAUCUUCGGAGUCCCUCUAGGUUCUACCCUGUGUCCCGUAGGGUCCCUGAGUAUUACAGCCCCUACUCCUCCCAGUACCCUGAUGAUUACCAGUACUACCCGCCAGGCGUGCGGCCGGAUAGCAUCUGCUCCAUGCCGGCCUACGAUCGGAUCAGCCCACCCUGGGCCCUGGAGGACAAGCGGCACUCCUUCCGGAAUGGAGGCGGCCCCGCCUUCCAGCUGCGUGCGUGGAAGGAGCCUGCCGGCUAUGGGCGGCAGGAUGGUACCACCUGGAUCCCCAGCCCCUCCCGGCAGCCUGUCUAUUAUGAUGAACUGGAUGCCGCCUCCGGCUCCCUGCGACGUCUGUCCUUGCAGCCCCGUUCCCACUCUGUGCCCCGCUCGCCAAGCCAUGGGUCCUACAGCCGCGCCCGCAUUUUCUCCCCCAUCCGCUCACCCAGUGCCCGUUUCGAGCGGCUGCCACCUCGCAGUGAGGACAUCUAUGCUGACCCUGCUGCCUAUGUGAUGAGGCGAUCCAUCAGCUCCCCCAAGUAUGAUUACCUGGGAGACAGGCGGCCAGUCCCUGCAGGACUGUUCCCCUACAACUACCCACCAUCCCCCACGGUCCACGAUAAGAUGGAUGAACUUUUAGACCUUCAGUUGCAAAGAAACCUAGAGUAUUUGGAUCAGCAGAUGAGUGAGAGUGAGACUCUCAUCAGUAUGGUGAACCGCAUGGUGGAGAACUCCUCCCCCAGGGCCCAACUCUUCAUGCAAGUCCCUCCAUACCCAGAAGUGUUCCGGGACAGCCUCCACACCUACAAGCUAAACGAGCAAGACACAGAUAAGCUGCUGGGCAAGUUGUGUGAGCAGAACAAGGUGGUGAGGGAGCAGGAACGGCUGGUGCAGCAGCUCCGAGCUGAGAAGGAGAGCCUGGAAAGUGCCUUGAUGGGGACCCAUCAGGAACUGGAGAUGUUUGGAAACCAGCCUGCCUACCCAGAGAAGCUGCUACACAAGAAGGAGUCGCUGCAGAACCAGCUCAUCCACAUCCGGGUGGAGCUGUCUCAGGCAACCACGGCCCUGUCGAACAGCACCGUGGAGUACGAGGGCCUGGAGGCAGAGGUCUCUGCCCUGCACGACGAGCUCUGGGAGCAGCUCAGCUUGGACUUUCAGAAUGAGGUGCUCAACCGACAAAUCCAGAAGGAGAUCUGGAGGAUCCAGGAUGUGAUGGAGGGGCUGAGGAAGAAUAACCCAUCCCGGGGCACAGACACAGCCAAGCACAGAGGAGGACUUGGCCCCUCAGGCACCUACAGCUCCAACAGCCCCGCCAGCCCUCUCAGCUCCACCAGCCUCACCAGCCCCCUGAGCCCUUUUUCAUUGGUGUCUGGCUCUCAGGGGUCCCCCACUAAGCCCGGGUCCAAUGAGGAGCCUGGCCCCCCGCGGCCUCCCCUCCCCAAAGCCUACGUCCCCCUGGAGUCUCCUCCCACCGUGCCUCCACUCCCUAGUGAGAGCCGCCUCUGGCCAUACCCCAACUCCCCUUCCUGGCACCGCAGUGGCGAGACAGCCAGGGGUCAGCCCAUGGCAAGCUAUGAGCAAAGCAAGAAAGACCCCCACCAGACCUCACCCCUGGACACCACUAGAGACAUCAGCCUUGUGCCCACCAGGCAAGAGGUGGAAGCAGAGAAGCAGGCAGCUCUCAACAAAGUUGGCAUUGUGCCCCCUCGGACAAAGUCACCCGCUGAUGAAGGAGUGACCCCGUCGGGGGUGGUGAAGAGGAGUGCCAGCGGGCUCGCCAAUGGGCUCUCCUCCCGGCAGGAGCGCCCCAAGAGUGCUGUGUUCCCUGGCGAGGGCAAGGUCAAGAUGAGCGUGGAGGAGCAGAUUGACCGUAUGCGGCGGCACCAGAGCGGCUCUAUGAAGGAUAAGCGGAGGAGCCUGCAACUCCCUGCCAGCCCGGCCCCCGACCCCAGUGCCCGGCCCGCCUACAAAGUGGUGCGCCGUCACCGCAGCAUCCAUGAGGUGGACAUCUCCAACCUGGAGGCAGCUCUGCGGGCAGAGGAGCCUGGUGGGCAGGCCUAUGAGACACCACGGGAGGAGAUUGCCCGGCUCCGCAGAAUGGAGCUGGAGCCCCAGCACUAUGAUGUGGAUAUCAGUAAGGAGCUCUCCACCCCAGACAAAGUCCUCAUCCCUGAGCGGUACAUUGACCUGGAGCCUGACACUCCCCUGAGCCCAGAGGAGUUGAAGGAGAAGCAGAAGAAGGUGGAGAGGAUCAAGACGCUCAUUGCCAAGUCCAGUAUGCAGAACGUGGUGCCCAUCGGCGAGGGGGACCUUGUGGACGUGCCCCAGGACUCAGAGAGCCAGCUGCAGGAGCAGGAGAAGCGGAUUGAAAUCUCCUGUGCCCUGGCGACCGAGGCCUCCCGCAGGGGCCGCAUGCUGUCUGGUGAGACGGGCUGGGCCUCGCUCCGCCAGGGAGACCGGCUGACCAGGAGUAGGGGAGGUAGUGCAGUGCGGCAGGGGGCCAGGGACAGAACAGGGAGAUGUUCCUUGAGGUCAGAAUGAGCACUUAUUGAGCGCCAGGGGCUGUGCUAGUCUCAGGGGGUGCAAAGGGGCCAGAGUUGCUGACAUCUGGGAGCUCAGAGCCAGGAUGACCCGCCUAGCUGCUGGACAGAGAAAUGGCCAGAGGCCAUGCAGGGAGCACAGGGAGCCAUUCUACCUGGGCAGGUCCAGGAAAGGCCCAGAGAAGAGGCGAUAACUGAGCCUGAUUGGAAAAGAUGCAAGUAUGUACCAGUGGUGGAGUGAGGGCCAGGUAUUCCAGGGUAUUCUCUGACUUCCCAUUCGUGCUGCAUGCAAAUAGCAGGAAUGAAAAGGGAAGAUGGUACAAGCAGCCAAUACAGUCACCACCUUGGCUACUGACCCAAACCCACUUUUCUGCUAAGAAAAGAUGAGUACAGGGAACUGACUUCACACUGAUACAAAGGCUAGUGGGUCUCAGUGGACCCUAUGGGGUUGCAGCCAAUAGGACUCACUUCCCCUCAGCUUGAGGAGAAGCACCCCGGAAUAGAGGAGAAUGUAAUUGGGAAGACUAGAAGAGACCCUAUGAAUGGAAGGCUUUGAGGUGGAGGAAGGACAGUAGUUAAGUCAUUAGCAUGGGAGACGAUAUUCCCCACUCCUGAACACGAAAGGUGCUUAGGAGGGAGAGGGAAGUGGGGGGGCGGUUCUGAAGGCCAGUCCAGACGAAUGCCCUGGACGGAUGCCAGGCUUGUGAUGACUUUGGUUGAGUGAGCAGAGACAGGUUGUGCCAGCCAGAGUUAUGGUAGCCUGGGCAAGUGUCAGAUUAGAAUCGUGGCUGGACGCACAGAGGAAGGAAUGGCGUUUCAUGGUGGUGACUUGGAGGGUUUCAGUUUUUGCUCUUUGAGGCUCAAUUUCCUCAUCUGUAAAAUUCAAAUCAAAAUACCUGUCUGGUGGUGUGAGGAUGAAAACAAGGUGAGCUAAGCAUCUAGCACCAUGUCUGUCACCCAGUAACUGCUCAAUAAAUGCUAGCCGGCUGUAGUAGCAGUAGUGCUGGUGCUGUGGUAGUAUUAGUUGAAAUAGCAAUAGCUAAAGUAGAAAUAGGAAUGUUUUGUGGGUUUUCUAGCUAUUUUAAAUAUGGAUAUUUUCAGAAACCAGAGGGUUUUAGGCUACAGCAAAGGAGAUUUAAGUAAGCUUUAAGGAAGAACCUACUAGCAGUUGGCAUAUAAAUGGACAUUAGAAUGGGUGGCCAGGGAAAGCCCUUGGAGAUGCUUCAGAAACAGGCUUUCAGGUGGGCAGGAGUUGAGGGCAAGAGAAGGGAUGGGCUUCAGAGAGCCGCAUCUUGCAGCCAGAACCGAAGGCAGCAGAACCAGUUUGGCUACAAGGAGGCUUCUGUCAACCGCCCUGUAGUUUACCUGCAAAAUGAACUCUGAAGCUUCCAAAGAUCAAAUUCCACAUGCUCUGGGCAAAAGGCAACUUCCUAUUUCAAGGGUUAGAGCAUACAGCACUGUUAAAACUUCCCUCUGCCCCUUGCCCUGUCCCAGCCCCUGGCUCUCUCUUCUAUAGCUCCCGCGCCAAAGGUGCCAAAGGUGCCAUGAAAACAAAACCCACCCUGGCUCUUCAGAUUCCCCCUUGAUACCCAUGGGCUUAUAUUUCAGGGUCAGUGUGCUGAAAACAAAUGGUCACCUUGCUUUUGCCGAGACCCCAACUAUUUAAAAAACGGCUGUGGCAGGGCCAGACCUCAGACUUAGCCCACUGUCCCCACCACCCCUGGCCUAUGGCCCAGACUCCCAGAGCUGCAGCUCUGCCAGGCACAGCAGGCGCUGUAGGGGGGGAGUGCUGGGCACAGGGGGCAUGAGGACAGUGCAGCGGGCAAGGGAUGUAGUUAGUGCCUGAGUGGGGGUGUGGGGCCUGGAUGCUGUGGUCGGUGGCGAGCUUGUAGCAGUUGUUGGUAUACCUGGUGUGCAGUAUCUGGGAAGAUGCGGCGAUUUUAAGUUUGUAUGUGUGGCGUGAUGUCAUUGCAGUGUCUGUAUUGGGUAAUGGUUGUAGAUACAUGUGUAUGGGUGCAUAUGCACGUGUGUUAUGUGUGGGCGGAGGGGAAGUUUGAGUACAAAUAUAGGAGUGUGUCUGUGUGUGCAAAAUGUCUGUGGGUGUUGAGCGGAGACCCAUUAUUUAUGAGUAAAGAUGACGUUUGGGAAGCUGUUGACGUGAGUGUACAACACACGGGUGGAGGUAGUGCUUAUGAAUGCACACAUUUACGUGUGAUAGACUUUCUGUGCAGCAUGAGGAAUGAUAAAGAGUAUUUGUGUAUAUGUCGCGCACAGUGUAUGUACUGCACAUUUAUGAACACACACCUGUGUGUGCAGGAUGGAGAGAGCACAGCCUCAUGAAUGGGAGUACAUGUGACCGAUUAUGCCUGCAGAUGUGGUAGCACUUGUGAACACACAACUGUAAUAGCACAUCUGUCCAAUGCCUAUCCACUGCAUAUGUGAAUUUAUUUUGAUGGAUAUAUUCCUAAUGUGUUUAGUAUUUUUCUGACUUCUUAAAGAGGUUAUAUUUAGCAAUCAAUCUUUCUUGCUGUCACUCAUUUAGUAUCAUUAUAAACGUCCUUAUUUUGCUGACCUCUGUGGAAGGGAUGCACUUGGGGGCUGUAAUCCAUACAGAUCUGUUUGUAGCCCUGCUAAAUGCUACCAAACUGUUACACAUUUUUUUGGUAAUAGAUCUUUAUUAGAGUAUAAUUGCUUCACAAUACUGUGUUAAUUUGUGUUGCACAACAAAGUGAAUCAGCCAUAUGCAUACAUAUGUCCCCAUAUCCCCUCCCUGUUGCAUCUCCCUCCCACCCUCCCUAUCCCACCCCUCUAGGUGGUCACAAAGCACUGAGCUGAUCUCCCUGUGCUAUGCUGCUGCUUCCCACUAGCUAUCUAUUUUACAUUUGGUAGUGUAUAUAUGUCCAUGCCGCUCUCACUUCGCCCCAGCUUCCCCCUCCCACCCCGUGUCCUCAAGUCCAUUCUCUAUGUCUAUGUCUUUAUUCCUGCCCUGCCACUAGUUUCGUCAGUACCAGUUUUUGUUUUUUAGAUUUCAUUUAUAUGCGUUAGCAUACAGUAUUUGGUUUUCUCUUUCUGUCUUCACUCUGUAUGACAGACUCUAGGUCCAUCCACCUCAUUACAAAUGACUCAAUUUAAUUUCUUUUUAUGGCUAAUAUUCCACUGUAUAUAUGUGCCACAUCUUCUUUAUCCAUUCAUCUGUCGAUGGGCACUUAGGUUGCUUCCAUGUCCUGGCUAUUGUAAACAGUGCUACAAUGAACAUUGUGGUACAUGUCUCUUUUUGAAUUAUGGUUUUCUCAGGGUAUAUGCCCAGUAGAGGGAUUGCUGGAUCAUAUGGUAAUUCUAUUUUUAGUUUUUUAAGGAACCUCCUUACUGUUCUCCAUAGUGGCUGUAUCAAUUUACAUUCCCACCAACAGUGCAGGAGGGUUCUCUUUUCACCACACCCUUUCCAGCAUUUAUUGUUUCUAGAUUUUUUGAUAAUGGCCAUUCUGACCAGUGUGAGGUGAUACCUCAUUGUAGUUUGUUUUUUUUAAAAUAAAUUUAUUUAUUUUAUUUAUUUAUUUUUGGCUGCGUUGGGUCUUCGUUGCUGCGCAUGGGCUUUCCCCAGUUACUGUGAGCAGCGGCCGCUCUUUGUUGCGGUGCGCGGGCUUCUCGUUGCUGUGGCUUCUCUUGUUGCAGAGCAUGGGCUCUAGGCGCAUGGGCUUCAGUAGUUGUGGUGCACGGACUUAGUUGCUCAGCGGCAUGUGGGAUCUUCCCGGACCAGGGCUUGAACCCGUGUCCCCUGGAUUGGCAGGUGGAUUCUUAACCACUGCGCCACCAGGGAAGCCCCCUCAUUGUAGUUUUGAUUUGCAUUUGUCUAAUAAUUAGUGAUGUUGAGCAUCUUUUCAUGUGCCUCUUGGCCAUCUGUAUGUCUUCUUUGGAGAAAUGUUUUAAAGUUAUUUUGUCUACUUUUUACAGAAGAUUUUCUCUCUUCAGUUGUGCCUUAUAUAGAUGUCAGUGGGCCUCUCAAUUCCUGUCUCUCUCUCUCCUGAUUUUCCUGUUUCUAAUCUCUCAUGGGCUAGAAUCUCAGCAAGUCAACAUAUAUCAGAAUUGUGUAUAAAUAAGAGUAACUGGACUCCAAGGAGCUCUUCAAUGAAUAAAUUGUAAGAGCUUCACUGCAUGUACAUUGUAACAUCUAUUUGGCUUCCUUGAGAUCUUCCUUGCUUAGGUUUUGAUUUUUUGACUCUUUUAAAAGUUGAAGUGGCCAGACAACUAACCAUUAUCUGUGAUACGGACAUGUACACGAAUGUGUGUUUUGAAAGCAUUUGUGUAUGUAUUUGUAUGGCAAGUUACAAGUGUGUUGGGUCAUGUGCAAGGCACAGGUUCAGAAGUGCCCAUACACACACAUCUGAGUUACGUGUGCUGAGUAGAAAGGUUUCGUAUUGCUGGAUCCCAUGCACGGACUGUGGAUCACUUCCUGUCGGGGAGAGCCCUGCGUGUCUUAUGUAUGUAUGUGGGCGUGUGUAGAUAUGCGUGGGGCUGCAUUGGCCCUUUCUCUUGUGCAGAGGCCAGGGAAGGGGAUGAGGUCCAGGGUAGGGUGGGAGCAAGAGACUGGGAAGUUCAAUGCCAGGAUCCCUCUCUUGGGGGAAACACAGUGUGACCCUGGCUGAGGUCUGGUUCUUCUCUGAGCCUGAGUGAGGAUGUUCUCUCACAGCUGCACCAAGGGUGCACAAGGGGCCGGAGACGGUGCAGAGCUUGUUCCUAACAAUACGACUCCCCUUUCCUUGUCCUUCAUUUUGCUGUUCUCAACGUGAAAUAAUAAUGAUAAUAGAGUAAAAUCUCAUUAAUUCUAAUGUCAGCACUUUAAGGCCUUUAAUGAUCUGUUUAGGGGUGGAUUGGAAUUUGCCUUUCCUGGAUUGAUGAAAAGAGAUAUUAAGGGACUGUGGGGAGUCGUUUCUGAACCCUCCAGCCUAAGUUAACCGACUGGCUUGAAGCCUGUCAGAAACCUCUGUUUGCCUGGAAUUGAUAAACAUGGUGAUCGCUUGGAUUGAGUCAUUGAAUGAGGCCUGAUGAUUCGGAUUAGUGUGAUUUUACUGCACUAUUAAUCAUUAUCACUAGCGAUAUCACUGCCUGUGAGGUGCCAUCCCUCAUUCUGUUCCACAGUCGGGGAAAGGUACGUGUAUCUCUCCCGGUUGCAGGGAUGGAAGCGGAGCCCUGGGCUCAGAGGGGCUGGGCCUCGCCCACAGUCACACUGGUUCUCAGCAGAGCCUGGACUGGGCCAGGGCUCCUCUGGGGCCCCAUGCUCUCCUCCAUGGCGCCCCUGGAACCAGGCCAGCUCUGCCUCAGCUUGAACAAGUUCCCAAACUCAGCUGUCCUGCUUGCCUCCUGCCUUUUGCUCCCCGCACCGCACGGAGGGGGGCCUCGCUUGCUCUGGGCGCCCAACCUCCCUCCUCCCACCCCCGGCCGCCCCUAUUCACUUCCCUGUUCAUUUCUGU